AUGCCAGUCCCCACCCUCUCCAUCGGCCUCGCCGGCCUCGGCCGCAUGGGCAAGCGCCACGCCGAACACUUCCUGCACAAGAUCCCGCGGUCCACCUUAGUAGCCAUAUCAACCCCGGACGCCGACGAGCGCGCAUGGGCGCAAGAGCGUUACGGACCCUACGAUAUUGCGAUAUACGCGGAAUAUGAGGAUAUGCUGCGGCAUCCGGGCUUGCAGGCUGUGGUGAUAGCGAGCGCGACGGUCGUGCAUGCGGAACAGGUCGCCAAGGCGAUCGAGAGAGAGGGCGGCGGUGUACAUGUGUUGUGUGAGAAGCCGUUGAGUUUGAGCGUUGAGGUGCCGCACCUCAAAAUCAUGUGCGGCUUCUCCCGCCGCUUCGACGCCUCCUACCGCGACGCGCACGCCAAAAUGUCCGCCGGGCUCAUCGGCCGCGCCGCUGUCUUCCGCUCCCAAACGUGCGAUAAACGUGAUACUUCUGGGGCGUUCGUGAAGUACGCGGAGCACUCGGGGGGGAUUUUUGUGGAUUGUGCUGUCCAUGAUGUUGAUCUGGCGUUGUGGUUUUUUGGUGCGGAUGGGUCUUGUCAUGCUGAGAGGGAGGGGUCUUAUAACACUGCGACGGCGGGGGAUGGUGGAGGGGGAAGGGAGAGGGAGGGGGAAAGGGAGCGGGAAAGGGAGCGGGGAAGGGAGGGAAGGGAGGGGAGGGAAAAAUGGAAAGACGCCGAUAAUGCCGUCGGCAUCGUGGAGUUCUGGGAUCAUCGCAUCGCUUACUUCUACGCUUCGCGCAUGAUGGCCGCCGGCCAGGAGGAUACCACUGAGAUCAUCGGCACGCAUGGCAAGUUGACCGUCAAUGCGAAUCCCGCUUCUAACCUCGUGUCUAUCCAUGAAGGUGCGGCCUCUUCUUCUCCAAUGUCGGCUAUUGCGGGUGGGGGUGGAGGUGGGGGAGGGGGGAUGAGCAGUGCUGUUAGGGGUGGUGGGAUCAGGAGGGAGGUGCCAAGUGAUUAUUUCCAGAGGUUUGAAGGCGCGUUUUUGCAGGAGGGGAAGGAGUGGGUCGAGGCUUGUCUCGAUGAUAAGGAAGUGCCGGUCAAUUUGGAGGGCGCGGUUGAGGCGGUCAGGGUUGCGGGCGCGUUGCAGGAGGCGUUGAGGACGGGGGAGAAGGUGAGGUUUGGUCGGGAUGGGAAGAGGGUCGGUGGUGGAGAGGGGGAAGGGGAGGGGCGGAAGGAGGUUGCAAGGUUGUAA